CAAUGCACCAAGAGCAGUUUUGGUAUUUCCCACAGCCCUUGAAGGCAGCGCCGGUCCUCACAGGGUGGGAGGGGGGUGUUUAUAACACGCAGUAAAAACUCCAACACACACACACACAACUGCGUGUGUUUUCCUCCAGCACAGACAGGUAGUGCACAGGUACGGGACAGAGACAGAGACACCCACAACCCACACACACAGCAGGAUGACACACGGCCUGACUGCCUAUCGAUCGAUUACUAAUUGAUUAGUGACUUUAGCCUGUCAGCAGGAUCUCACUGUGUCCAGCUGCAUUGGAUCACACUACCGUCCCGGUGUCGGACACAACAUUCAACAGCGCUGCCAUGCCUUCUCUGCGACACUCGUACACGGUGACGGUACCGGAGGAGCCGGCCGCUCUCCCAACAGACAAGCCCGAGCUGCGGCGGAAGAGUCCGUCGUUGUCCCGGUCCAAACUGGUGUCCACGUUCAUGGGUCUGAUCAUCAACCAGGCCAAGCACAAAGGUCCUCAAGGCCUGGUGGGACUGAGGAACCUGGGCAACACAUGUUUCAUGAACUCCAUCCUACAAUGCCUCAGUAACACUCCCGAGCUGAGGGAUUACUGCCUGAGAAACGUCCAUCGCACAGACCUCAACAACAACUGCAUGACGAACGCCGCUCUCAUGGAAGAGUUUGCCAAGCUGACUCAGAGCCUGUGGACGACUGUGAACAACGAGGCCAUCAGUCCCUCUGACUUCAGGAGCCAGAUCCAGAGAUACGCUCCCAAAUUUGUGGGCUGCAAUCAGCAGGACGCCCAGGAGUUCCUGCGUUUCUUACUGGACGGCCUCCAUAACGAGGUGAACAGAGUGACAGUGCGACCGAAGGUGUCUGUCGAGGACUUUGACCACCUCUCGGACGAUGAAAAAGGAAAGCGGAUGUGGAACAUGUACUUGGAGAGAGAAGACAGCAAAGUAGUGGAUCUGUUUGUUGGUCAGCUGAAGAGCUCUGUGACCUGCACUGUCUGUGGUUUCCGCUCCACUGUGUUUGAUCCAUUCUGGGACCUAUCCAUACCUGUUGCACAGAAGAGCACAGGCGAAGUGACUCUCAAAGACUGCUUGAGGCUCUUUACAAAAGAAGAUGUGUUGGACGGAGAAGAGAGACCGACGUGCAACAGAUGCAAAACCAGAAGGAAAUGCACCAAAAGAUUCAGCAUUCAGAAGUUCCCUCAGAUCCUCGUGCUUCACCUGAAGCGUUUUUCAGACUCCAACAUCCGAACCAGCAAACUCUCCACGUACGUCAACUUCCCUCUCAAAGAGCUGGACCUGCGGGAGUUCGCCUCAGAGAGUGGCGAGCGCGCUGUGUAUAACCUGUACGCAGUAUCCAACCACACGGGAAACGCUUUGGGAGGCCAUUACACAGCCUACUGCAAGAACCCGGCGCUGGGAGAGUGGUACAACUACAACGAUGCCAGGGUGAGUCCAGUGUCCUCCAGUCAGGUUCGCAGCAGCAACGCCUACGUCCUCUUCUACGAGCUGGCCCCCACCCCACACAGCAAAUAUCAGACGUGUCGACUCUGACGCCGUGGAGGAGUUGACAAGCUGCACUGAACUGCUCUCAAGAAUGGAGUCAGACACUGCCUGCUGCGAGGGAGCUCCUCCUGGUGGAGAGAGUCCUGCCAUUACAGACUGUGAAUAUGGAGCACAAAGACAGAGAACAAAACGCCAUCUGACCUUCCACUCAGUGUGUUUUUUGAGAAAAGGGUGGAUGUGAAAGCACAUUCGAACUAAAGGAUGUCAAGCUGAGCUCAUAAGUUGAAUGGAACUUAAGUGACACUGGGAAAAUACUGUUAAAAGGGUGUGGAAAUUCAGCUCAAGAGGCAGCUGUUAGUCCAAUUAAAAUGCCUUUUUGGACAUUAAGAAGACCACCUUUACUCUAAGAAAAGACAUUUUACAGCUGUGCCUGGACCUGAAUUUACACCCACUUUAGUGGAUUUUUUUUUCUUUUUUAAUGUACUUUGAACAUGGACAAUUAACCUUAAGGACAUUACUGUGUGAUGACAUUGCAGAGAUUUGCCUGACAUAGCAACUGCAAGACCUAAUUUAUUCUAUUUUACAUAAUGCCAGUAACUGAAAUUGCAUACUGUAUAUGUCAUUGAACAAAGCCUUAUGGUUUCCUCUUAGAACAGUGGAAAUCCACUACUGGAGUGAGGAUGUUUUAUGUCAGAGCACAUUUUAUUUUUGUACAGUAUUUAUGGACAGCACAGUGAAUGUAACUGUACUGUGGGAAAACCAGACAUACCAAAGCAGCUGUAUAAAAAUGCAUCAACAAGACUUCUUUCAGCAAUAAGGCUGCUGAUUUUACAUCCAAGUCAAUUCAGUGAAUGAUUAGAAUUUAAAUAACUCAUCAUGAAGAUCUGGCAUGAGAGGGCGAUACCCACAGACCUCAGAGAUGUCAUCCUUUGUAAAAAGUGAGGCAUGACAGUGUGGAAACUACAGUGGCGUCUCACUCCUGUCCACAACUGGGAAGAUUAUUGCCCACAUUUCUUUCAUAAGACUCCUUCCAUUAUCAGAAGAAGUCGUCCCUGAAUCAUAGUGCAGUUUCCGUCCUGCCUGUGGUACAACUGACCUGAUCCUCCAAGCUAGACAGUUACAAAAAAAUGAAAGGAAACAAAACCAACCAAUAGAACUGGCCUCCAUCGACCUUACCUAAGCAUUUGACUCUGUGAACCGUCAGGCCCUCUGGACAUUCCUGUCAAAGUGUGGAUGUCCAGAAACUCCAUUAGGAUUCUGAGGUUCCUUCAUGUCAGCAUGUCAUGGCACAGAGACCAAACCUUUCAAGGUAGAUAUUGCCAUUAAACAAGGACGCAUCAUUGCCCAUAGCCUUUUCCUCACCUAUCACAGUUCCCCCCUGUGUCCAGAUCAUUAUAGUCCACACAAUUAAAGAUCUUCAGUGCAUACUUGAUUCCUUUACCCGGGUGUACUAACUCCUUGGUCUGGCCAUGAACAUCAUACAGAUCUCCAUCAGUUCCCACCAGACUCCUCCGCAUCCCGCCAACAAUACCAAGCGACAGUAGCUCCUUUUACACCACCUGUUCAAGGUGGGAAUGUUGCUCCAUUAUUGCGCAUUGCCAUUCAGUCCCAGAAUGCGGGGAAGGAGUUGUCUGGCCUUUAAGCCGGCAGCAAAGGUAGUAACAGCAGAACCCUGGAAUGCUUUCUAAAAUCAUAGAGUGGGGCUGCAUUACGCUUGCAUUUUUUGGUUCUGUGUAAAAAAGCAAAGCCAACAUAGUAAAGGGUUUUCCUUGCCUCCCAGUCAUGGGAUCUCUGUAAAAAAAAAAAAGAAAAGAAAAGAAAAGAAAAGAAAAAGUGUGAACCUUGAAAAUGUGGACCAGGUCCUCUACCUUGGAAGUCACCUCUUCUCAUGGGCAGACAUUGGCCAUGAGGUACACCAGCACAUCUGCUGUGCCAGUGGGGCUGUUGCAAAGCUCCAUAGAAGAGUAUUUGAAAGCUCUGACUUGCUUGUAAAGGUCUACAAAGCAGUUAUCUUGCCCACUCUUUUAUACGGUGACAUCUGGAGUAAGCAUAUAAGAGUCGUGAGAGACAUUAAGUCCUACCACCAGAGAUGCCUACAAAAACUCUUGCGCAUCAGCUGGAAGGAGAAUCGCACUAAUGUCAGUGUUCAUUAGGAAGCAACCAUUGACAGAAUUGCCACCAACAUUAUUUGACACCAGACAAGAUGGACAGGCCAUGUAAUAUCGGACACACGCCUCCAGAAACUGGUCCUAUAACUCACAACUAAAUGUUGGCCAACAAACAUCCCAAGGUCAGAAAAGGCGUUUCAAGAACAACAUUUUGAUCAGCCUCAAAAAUCACAUAAACAGAUCAAACUAUCAGGACAGAUUAUGCUAAAAACAGAACCCCAUGAACAGUUUACAUGAAGGAACCACAUUCCAUAAAGACGAUCUCCAAAAUGCUGCCAGAGUUGAGCAGCAGCAAAACAAGAGUUCCCACCAAAAAGACUCCACAUUCCACUUCCAGCACCUCACAUCAAUGCCCACACUGCAAGAAAGUUUGUGGCUGUGGUUGUUGAAUUGUUCUCUUCAGCCAUUUGAGACCUACAAAAUGGAUGCCCCAGGGGGACUAUCAUGAGCGACCGCCAAUGAUGAGGACUGUGGGAAAGCCAGACUUACCAAAGCUGCUGUAUAAAAAUGCAUCAACAAUACUUUCCCAGCAAUAAUGUUGCUGACUUGACAUGUAAGUCAGUUCAAGAGUAUAUGAAUGAAUAAAAUUACAUGUUAACGUA